CUGAGGCUGGGAGUGAAGCUACUUAGGAAAUCAUGACAUCCACUUAGAACACAUUCUAUGUCUGCACACAGCAGUGAGCCAACUACAUGGAACCCCUGGUCAUGUGUUAAUCCUCUGAGCCUCUAAAGCUGAUUGUCAUGGAAAUCCAAGCAAAAGGCAUGGAGGAAGGAGAGAAGUCUCCAGAGUGCAAGGACUUGCUGCCCAGCAAAACAGCCAGCACGCUGUGCAUCAGCUCACGCAGUGAGUCCAUCUGGAAUGACAACCCCCGGAACAAGUGGGAUGUUUACCACAAGCCUGUUAUUGUACUGUCAGUGGGAGGAGCUGUUUUCCUCUUUGGUAUGGCUAUCACCAGCCUGACCUGCCUCACUACUGCAAAUGUAACAUCCAUGACCAAGGAAGCUUUUAAACUGUGUGGGCCAGCUUUCCUGUCACUUGGACUCAUGCUGGUUGUGUGUGGGCUUGUUUGGAUCCCCAUAAUCCGCAAAAAGCUGAGGCAGAGACAGAAGUACCACUUCCUCCAGAGUAUUAAAUCAUUCUUCUUCAAUCACUGAAGGCAGUUCAAAGUCAGCCACCAAGUAAAGAUGAUCAUGUUAGCAGGCAGGACCCCACCUUCUUCUAUAGAUCUGCAAGUAAUCAUCACUGCC